UCUUCCUGGUGAAGUGCAGUGACAGUCAGAUGGCUGCUGUGCCCGGCAGUCGGGUGCUCUGCUGUGCCAUGGCUGAGCUGUGAGGGCAGAGCCUACCCUGUACAUUCCAUCAUAUACGGUGCCAGUGCUUGUAGCCUGCGCCCCAAUGGCGUGCAAGUCUAAGGUGGCCCCCAGUGUAGACUUCGACCACAGCUGCUCUGACAGUGUUGAGUACUUGACUCUGAAUUUCGGGCCCUUUGAGAGUGUUCACCGCUGGAGGAGGCUGCUGCCCUGUGACGAGUUUGUGGGGGCCAGACGAAGCAAACACACCGUUGUUGCUUACAAAGACGCCAUUUACGUUUUUGGUGGUGAUAAUGGGAAGAACAUGUUGAAUGACUUGCUGAGAUUUGACGUGAAAGACUGCUCCUGGUGCAGGGCUUUUACUACAGGAACUCCACCUGCAUCAAGAUAUCACCAUUCUGCAGUGGUCUAUGGAAGCAGCAUGUUUGUGUUUGGCGGCUAUACUGGUGACAUCUAUUCUAAUUCCAAUCUGAAGAAUAAGAAUGAUCUCUUUGAAUACAAGUUUGGGACCGGUCUCUGGACAGAAUGGAAAAUUGAAGGAAGAUUGCCAGUGGCCCGGUCAGCACAUGGAGCUACAGUAUACAAUGAUAAACUAUGGAUCUUUGCUGGAUAUGAUGGCAAUGCAAGGUUGAAUGACAUGUGGACCAUCAGUUUGCAGGAUCGAGAGUCAGCAGCCUGGGAAGAGAUUGAACAAAGUGGAGAGAUCCCUCCUUCCUGCUGUAACUUCCCUGUGGCCGUCUGUAGGGACAAAAUGUUUGUCUUCUCUGGUCAGAGUGGAGCGAAGAUCACAAACAACCUAUUCCAGUUUGAGUUUGCAGAAAAAGUCUGGAUGCGCAUUCCUACUGAGCACCUACUGCGAGGGUCACCACCGCCUCCACAAAGGCGUUAUGGGCACACAAUGGUGGCCUUUGAUCGCCACCUCUAUGUAUUUGGUGGAGCGGCAGACAACACUUUGCCUAAUGAACUGCAUUGCUAUGAUGUGGACUCCCAAUCCUGGGAGGUAAUACAGCCCAGUCCAGACAGCGAGCUGCCUAGUGGGCGCCUGUUUCACGCUGCAGCCGUUAUCGCUGAUGCCAUGUAUAUCUUUGGAGGGACUGUGGAUAACAAUGUCAGGAGCGGAGAAAUGUAUCGCUUUCAGUUCUCCUGUUAUCCGAAAUGCACUUUACAUGAGGAUUAUGGAAGGUUAUUUGAGAACCAACAGUUCUGUGAUGUGGAGUUUAUCUUGGGAGAAAAAGAGGAGCGCGUCAGGGGACACAUUUCCAUUAUCACUGCGCGAUGUAAAUAUCUGCAGAAGAAAAUCACUCAAGCAAUAGAGCGGCUGCGACAGAAAGAAAAGCAGGAUCCAGAAGAAGAUGGCCUAAAUGGGCAGCAGGAGAAUACAAGUGGUCCCCAGAAAACAAGCCGGUCUCUUCCCAUGCUGGAUGUGGUGAUCCGAGAUGCAGAAGCUCGGCCAUUUGAACUCCUCAUGCAGUUCUUAUACACAGACAAGAUAAAGUACCCACGAAAAGGUCAUGUCCAGGACGUCCUCCUCAUUAUGGAUGUGUAUAAACUAGCUCUGCACUUUAAGCUGUCCCGUCUGGAGCAGCUCUGCGUUCAGUACAUUGAAGCCUCUGUUGACCUUCAGAAUGUCCUUGUAGUGUGUGAAAAUGCCAACAAGCUGCAGCUGGACCAGCUGAAGGAACACUGCCUAAACUUUGUUGUAAAGGAAUCGCACUUCAACCAGGUGAUAAUGAUGAAAGAGUUUGAGCGUUUGUCCUCCUCACUGAUCGUGGAGAUUGUACGUAGGAAGCAGCAGCCCCCCAUCCGGAUCCACUCUGAUCAGCCUGUUGAUAUAGGCACCUCUCUAGUCCAGGAUAUGAAGGCUUAUCUGGAGGGUGCAGGAAGAGAUUUUUGUGACAUCACUUUGUUGCUGGACGGACACCCAAGACCUGCACACAAAACCAUUCUGGCUGCUCGCUCCAGCUAUUUUGAGGCCAUGUUCCGAUCUUUCAUGCCUGAAGAUGGACAAGUGAAUAUUUCUAUUGGUGAGAUGGUGCCAAGCAAACAAGCCUUUGAAUCUCUACUCCGAUACAUCUAUUAUGGAGAAGUCAAUAUGCCACCUGAAGACUCUCUUUAUUUGUUCUCUGCUCCAUAUUAUUAUGGAUUCUUCAGCAACCGGCUGCAGGCAUACUGCCGGCAAAAUCUGGAGAUGAAUGUGACGGUUGAGAAUGUGCUUCAGAUCCUAGAAGCAGCAGACAAGACACAAGCCCUGGAUAUGAAGAAGCAUUGUCUCCACAUCAUUGUCCAUCAGUUCACCAAGGUUGGUGGCGUCUUUUCUGGGGCUCUGGGAUCAUGUUGUCCUCUCAUCUUCAGUUUUGGAGAAAUCGUUUCUGCUGUGCCUUUGAAUUUUUGUAUGGUGGAAGUAGGGGACUGGAGGACAUGAGGAAUGGCUGCCUUAAGCCUUAUUUCACAUGUCAGUGAUUGGAGCUUCCACAGACAUAAGGUAUAAGGGAAAUAUCUGCACCCAUUCUGUGUUUACAGCCGCAACUGAUUUUGGCUCAAAAUCACUGACGUGUGAAUAAGGCUUUCGUUUCACCUGAAUUCACCUUGAAUGUUGGCUUGCAUUAAACCAUCUUUGUAAAACUUCCAUAGGCUUGUGAGUGCCUCCCUAUUAUCAGAAUAAUGGUUAUUUUGUGUACCAGUUCACCAACACUCCUCUUCCAUCUCACCAACACUCCUCUUCCAUCUCAUCAUUGUAAAUCAGUCUAUUAGCUCGUGCUCUUUCACUUGAGGAUUUGUUACCAGUUGUGGUUCAUAUCUCUUUUCCACAUUAAAGGGGUAUUCCCAUUUUAUCAAGUGAUGGCAUAUAGCUAGGUGGUCCACACUCUAAGACCUGCACCGAUCCUGAGAAUAAAGUGGAUGCAGCAUUGGUGUAACGCCGCAUCCCUAGUUUUCUUCUGCACAAUGGCGGCCGACCUCCUCAAACUGCAGAGCGGCACUGUGCACGUGAAUGAGGUUGGCUGCCGUUAUUUGCACAGUAGAUAGCCCGGGUGCCGCACUGCAAACAAAACUUAGACAAACACACAGCACUACACCCGUUUUCAGAGGAUGCCGUUAUUUUUUAAGAUGAGAAAACCCUUACCAUUGUGGUAUAUGUGACUGCAGAAAGGAACUGAUACUUACAAAUUUACCUGGAGCACUUACCUUUUGUAUGUAUCUUUUGUCUCUCGUGGACUUCUAUGCACUUUUACCAUUUGUGUGGAGAAAUAAAACCAUUAUUUCUUGUCUGUUUGUCCUGUCUCAUUGCAUAACUACUACUUUAAAACCAAUGGUCCUUUUAGUUUAAGCUUUCAACUAGCAAAGGUCCUCCAACACAACU